AGACAUAAACUUUUUGAUCACGUGACACAACUAAAAUCAAAAUGGCGACUGCGAUGUAUUUGGAACAUUAUCUAGACAGUUUAGAAUCACUUCCAGGGGAAUUGCAAAGAAAUUUCAGUUUGAUGAAAGAUCUGGACCAAAAAGCACAAGAUCUAAUGAAAGAGAUAGAUGACAAAGCCGAAGGUUACCUGUCCACAGUACGCACAAUGUCACCCGAGAAGAGGACCGACUUUCUCUCUGCGAUACAGAAACUCUUCAGCAAGAGCCGGGAGUUCGGAGACGACAAAGUACAGCUUGCCAUGCAGACGUAUGAAAUGGUCGAUAAACAUAUACGAAAGUUGGACGCUGAUUUGGCCCGGUUCGAGGCAGAUUUGAGAGAAAAGAGCCAAAGCAAACCCAAAGAGGAGGAAAAAUCGGAUUCUGGGAAAAAAUCAACACUGAAAGACAAAGAGAAGAAGAAGCGCAAGUCCAUGAAAGAAGAAUUUGAUGACGAGAUACCAAAGAAGAAAAAGAAGAAAGGACAGGGGUCAGGAGUUGAGCCGGUAGCGCCACCUAUCCUGUCCCCGCUGUUGUCCUUGACGAUGAACAACCCGUCUGACGUCCUUGACAUGCCCGUCGACCCUAACGAGCCCACAUACUGCCUGUGUCAUCAGGUGUCGUAUGGAGAAAUGAUCGGCUGUGAUAAUCUUGAUUGCCCCAUAGAGUGGUUUCAUUUUGGCUGUGUUGGACUCACCGCAAAACCCAAAGGAAAAUGGUAUUGCCCCCGAUGUACAGAUGAACGAAAGAAAAAAUGAAAGUGUGGACAAAUGUUUGGUGCGCUUGAAAUAACAGUUUGACUGGUGUUUUAUUAUAUAUUUUAUUUUAUUUGAAAUAAAUAACGUUUUUUUUCAAAGGAUAAAUGAUUACCUUUAGUAGGAACAAUUUUUGCAAGUGUAGAGCAUAACUUAAUGCUUUAUAUAUUUACCUAUCCUUGGUGUGAUAUUGGAAUUUUGAUCUGGGGCUUUUUCUCACCAUUUUUGGAAUGUGACACGUAUCCAUGAAAUUAGAAAUUUAGGCAUCAAUUUUCUUAAAAUUGGGAAGAAGAAUUAUUUUUCUAUAAAUAUAUUUUGACAAAUUGAUAAUAAAAACAUGAAGCAAAAACUCCUGAACAUAAAUGUUAAAUGAAUAAUAAAACUUUAAAAGUAAUUAUUUGUACACUUUUUCAGAUGAUUUAUUUAUAAUCAUAAUGUUGCACAGUGAAUUGUGAUUUUUGGGCUGGAUUUGGUUAUAAAGAUACUUUUGGCCAUUGGGAACAUAACCAAAAACUGCUUUUAAAUCAGACGACAAAAAGGCUGAGGCCGUGUGAAGAGUUGUAAGUUUUGCAAGAUGCCAUUCAAGAGUAGGCAAACUGCAUGUUUUUUUACUUUUUGAUUGAAAGACGCAUUUUUAGCUCGGCGUUUCAGAGAAAACCCGAGGUAUUGUCAUAGCCAUCUCGCCGUGUCGUGCUAAAACCUUAUUAUUGGCUCCAAAAUCUGAGUUCUUCCACCUACAACUAUGAAACUUCAUAUGUAGAUGCACCUUGAUGAGUUCUACGUGCCACACACAUUUUAGGGUCACUAGGUCAAAGGUCAAGGUCACUGUGACCUCUAAAAAAACACAAAAAUUCUGACAAGCUUUCAUUUAUUUAAAACUGCACCCAUAGCCGAGCGUGGCAUCCGUUAUGCGGUGCUUUUGUUAUAUCAAUUCAAAUUUCCAGUCAGCACUUAAAAUUUACUACAUUUGAUUUACUCUAUUUGUUUGAAGUGUUUUGUCUGAAUUGUAAGACCCUUUUUAUGGCCACGUUUAGGUUUGUUCUGCUGUCAGACUGCAUGAAAGUGAAAUGCAUGGCAGCAUUUAUGGUUUUUGUUAGUUCAGCAUACCAUUGGAAUUAAACCAUGUUGACUCUGUGUUAAGUUUGAUGAAUUGUAUGCAAAUACAAUUAUAUUGAUGAAUUGUAUGCAAAUAUUUUUUUCUUAGAUUUUUAAAUGGAUUAUUAUUUCAGCACAGGCUAAUCAGGGACAACACUGUCCUAUUUUAUGACAUUUUUCAUUUAAAUGAAGUAAGAGACUUAGCACAAGUCCAAUUAAGGCAGAAAGUGUUGUCCCUGAUUAGCCUGUGCGGACUGCACAGAUUUAUCUGGGACGACACUAUGCACAUGCAUUAUGCCCAGUUUUCUCAGAACGCGACUCAUAUAGAUAUGUAUCUUUGAUUCGCUUGUCUUUCAAUUACUAAGCAUGUCUUAACAAUUAAUUGAAUUUCAGUAUUAUGAAGUUUGUGGGAAAAUAACAGGGUGCUUUGAAUGCUUUAAGUUUUACAUUUAUUUUGAUUUUUGAUCCAAAAAUUUUACCAAACAGUCAUGGAAUUUUUUCCAUGCAUUAUUAUUGUAAUAACGUUUAAAUGAGAAUGUAAUCUUUUGUUAGAAAUACGCGAUAUUGAUACGCGCUGAUGUAUAAUUUAAUGAAAGCAGUUCAAAUUAAUGUAAAUUUUCAUGUUUCUUUAAAGGUAGUUUGUUAAAACAACAUUGAAUGUUUUUCACCACAUGAAAGGAAAACACACAAGCCAUAUUUGAUUUAUGAAAGUAAUUUGAUUGUUUGGUGAUUUUUGGCAUAUAUUAUAUCAUGUACAAAAGCAUGCAUUGUUUCUGAAUGUGUAUUAAUUGUAAAUCUGCAUGAUCAAUGAGUAUUUAUGAUAAUUAACCAUGGAUCUGAUGUCAGAUCCUUUAUUGUUAUGACCAUUACAUUACAAUGACCAUCUUACUGCAUGAUAUUAACAGAGUCGUUCGAAAAUGGGUCUUAUGCCAUAUGCAGCCAGUGAAGCUACAGAUCAACCUGCGCAGGCAAGUAGUCCGGUCAGGAGCUACACUGUGCCUGUGUGAUAAAAGUCACGUAAGAUUUCGUGGUCUCAUAAGCAGUCAGUCUGUUUGACCUGACUGCACAUGCUAAUCUUGAGCAACACUGUCUGCAUACGACAUAAGACAAAUUUUCAAAUGACCCUGGUUAGAAUAAUUUACAUCAUAUUUUAGUUCUAGUUUCAAGUUUGAUAGUGAAAUAUAAUAUCCAAUUCUGUUGUUGAUGCUUUAGUAAAUUUAUAUUUAGUCAUGAUCAAAUCACCUUCCAUUGUUAUUGUAGUAUUGUUUUAAAGGUGUCAUAAUGUGAUCAAAUCAUCUUCCAUUUGCCAUACUGUGUAUUCAUUCUCAUUAAAGUCUGUUGACCUGUCGCUGUAUUUCAUAAUUCACUGAAAGUAGUUUACUCUCUAUUUCUUGUCCCCCCAUGGUAAAUAACGUCCGACAUAGUGAAUGAAGGGUAGCCUUUUAGGAAUAAUUGCUUCAAGAGUGCAUGUUAAAGCACAAGGUAAUAUGCUUAUAUAAUUGUCUGUGAAGGUAUCAAAUUUCUCACUUAAAACUAGUCAUUCAUAAAACAAUAUUCAUUAACAGAUCAAUGAAGUGCAUAAUUUGCAUGUAAAAUAUACAUGUUUAAGCUUUUUGUUUUAAUAAAUAAAACCUUAUAUGUUGACCAUGAACAUUCAGUGUGUACUUUGACUAGACAACUUUGUAAGCAUGUUGCACCUGUGUUGUUACCUAGUUAUCCCUUGUAAAUACUACAUAAUUCAUUUCAUCAUUUAAAAUUGCACCAUUAUGGUAACGGUUUACUUGUUUAGCCCACUUGAGCACACCAUGCUCAUUUGAGCUUUUAUUAUUGCUAGAGGCUGCAUUUAAUGAAAAUGUAUGCCACAUUAAGAGUUUGAAACUGUUUUACGGGUCAAAAACUCGGUCAACAUUUCAAAUACAAUAAUUAGAGGUCACGAUGAGUACACAUUCUAAACGAAACUUGGUCACAUUUGUCCCUAUCAUAUCCUGGCUGAGUUAAAAACUUGGUCACAUGGGCUUUGAAAAACAUGCCACAAGGUCAAAAAACAAAAGGAUUGCUUAAAGGUUAGAGGUCACAUAAUAUGCCCAAUCUAUAUGAAACUUGGUCAGAACAUUUGUCUUAUUGACAUCUUUGCCAAAAUUCAAACUGGGUCACAUAUGGACAAAAGUGAGGUCACUAGAUCAAAAAGAAAAUGAUUGUGAACACUGUAGAUGCCACAUCUAUUGCACAACCUUCACACAACUGUGCAUCAUUUCUCAACAUGUAGAUGUUAUUCUUAUAUAUUAUACAGUUUAAGAGGAUAUUACCCACAGAUAAUAUUACAGUGAUUAGUUUUUACUUUAAUCUGAACAGUUAUAAGAGAAUUUUUGCUUGUAUGGCAAUUUUUGUAUUUAUAUAGAUUUUUACAUUGUAAAACCAGUUAUUGCAUGUCUUUAAAGCACAAGUUAUGGCUUUUAAUAUUGUGGAGUUAAAUCUUUUCAUAAUUUAUUCUUGUUGAUAUGCAUGCAUGCUUAUGUCUCACAGUUACGUGUUCAACACAAUUUAUCACCAUGCUUGUGUCAUCAUCAUUGUCAUUCUUCAUUCAUCCACCAGAAUAAAAGUUAUUUGUUUGAAUCAAA